AUGGCCGCCGACCUGAAGCCCCUCCGCAUUGUCAUGGCCUGUGACGAUGCUGGUCACGACUACAAGGAGACCAUCAAGGCCGUGCUCGAGAAGAGCCCUCUGGUCGAGUCCGUGACCGACGUCGGCGUCAACUCGACCUCCGACAAGACUGCCUACCCUCACCCCGCCGUGCAGGGCGCCAAACUCAUCGCCGAAGGCAAGGCGGACCGCGGCCUGUUCAUCUGCGGCACUGGCCUCGGAGUUGCCAUCUCCGCCAACAAGGUUCCCGGCAUUCGCGCCGUGACCGCCCACGACCCCUUCUCCGUCGAGCGCUCCAUCCUCAGCAACAACGCUCAGGUCCUCUGCUUCGGCCAGCGCGUCAUUGGCAUUGAGCUCGCCAAGAAGCUCGCCCUCGACUGGCUCACCUACCGCUUCGACCCCAAGAGCGCCUCCGCCGCCAAGGUCCAGGCCAUCUGCGACUACGAGAAGCAGCUGCUGGCCGGCGGCCAGUAA